AUGGAAGUAUUUGAUCGAAUUCUACUCGGAAACAAAGAUGAUGCCUGCGAUAUUCACCUCUUCAAAGAACAAAACAUUGGUCUUGUCAUUAACGUAACCGAUAACAUUGAUAACCACUUUGAGAAUAAGACUGAAAUCAAAAUCAAGUUACGAAAACAUGAACAAACCGAGAUGAUGAGAAGUCUCUCUCAAUCCUCCCACGACAUGGAUGAAUUGGUUUUUGAUGAACAAGAUGAAAACAUCACUCCCAAGAAGGCUACAACAACAACGACACCUCUCGUUGAUGAAACAUCCUCUCAUUCUUGCACGCUCACCUUUGAUGAGGAAGAUGAGCUCGUUGUUGGUUGCCUACCAACUGACCCAACUGACCCAACAAAUCCACCGUUUCUUCCUCCUUGCUCGUUAUUGAAGAAACAAGAAAAUUCACCUCUAGGCCUCACGACCACCUUAUCGGAUCACAAGAACUGUGAGUUGGUGAACGUUGAGCAACAUCAUCACGGUUCUUCCAUGACCACUUCAACCACAGUCUCUGAUUAUUUACUCGUUCCUUCUCAAUCUUCCUCUUCUGCAAGCAAUGAGAUGAUGGAAAACUCGAGGUAUUCCUCGAGUCAGCUCUCUUUGGUCUCUUCAGCCUCUUCAGAUCCCAUGCUUUUGGAUUCUGAAAGUGUCAUGUCCAAUGGUGUUGGUGGAGCUGGUUCUAACUCUUACUUUGCCACACUUGGAUCUGAAGAAGAGUUCAGUAGAAUAUCAAACAUGAGUGAAGGACUCUCCUUCAGCUCCAACACGCUCGAUUCUGUUGUUGUUUCUGAGUCCAAUUCUAACUCUGGGAUACCCAUCACCGAUGUCACUCAUACGCACGAAGAAUUUGCAACACCGAACAGCAAGAAAUCAACAACACCGUCAAGAUCCUCAAGAAAUUCCUCCUCAAAGAAGAAGUCAUCUUCUUCCAAGAAGUUGACCAAUCCAAGCCGUAAAAAAGCCGUUCCAGUGUAUCGAACGGUAAAAUUGAAUCAUCCCAUUAUUUAUCAUAAUAUCUCCAUUGAGGACUCGAGUGAGAUUUGCAUUUCUGAGUAUUUUGAUGACGCCAUCACCGUCAUUGUGGGAUUUCUUGAUCAGUAUCCAGACCGAAAAGUUUUGAUUCACUGUCGAGAAGGCAGAAGCAGAAGUGUCUCAACACUUAUUGCAUUUGGAAUGAAGCACCUCAAAAUGUCUCUCAAGGAUUGCUACCAACAUGUCACGGAAAAGAUUGAUGGUCGAGAUCGUAUCAAUGAUGGUUUCAAACGUCAAUUGAUGCAAUACGAGCUCAAGCUUAAAGAAAAACAAUUCAUUGAGGCGAAACGAGAAGAGCACUACAAAACAAAUCCAGAUGUUCCAUUCAAUGAGGAGCUUGUGCUUGCUGAAUUACCUGCCGACAUUCAUGUCAACUCCUUUUCUUUCUUUAAUAGAAACAAGUACGGAAAGAGCUAUGUGAACAAGUCUUCUCGUGGUCAUCAUGAUGCUGAAGACGAUAUGGACUUUGACGAAGAAGACGAAUAUGAAUAUGAAGAUGAAGAUAAUUUCGAUGAAGAGGACUUGGAUGAUGAAGAUUUCGAUGAAAGUUACGGUACCAAAAAGAAGAAGAAGCCAAGCUCCAAACGAAAGGGAGCUGGAAAAGGUACCACACGCCAACAAAAACUCUUCUCCAAACAAUGGAAUGAAAUUAAUAUUGAGACAAAGCCAAACAAGACUCAGGGCAAGCAAUUGAGCUUGAUGGACAUGUUUGCAAAGAAAGUGAAAAAGGUAGAAUCAGGAGGAUCCUCCUCGACCGAUACAACCAAGUUGCAAGAUGGUCAUAACGGGGGUGAAAAAGCUGCCAAACAACCUAAGCAACCUACCUUGGAAGAAACUCUCUUCAGCCCUAAAAAACCAAAGAAACAAUCGUCUACCAAGAAGAAGACUACACGCUCUUCAAAGAACAAAAAGACUUCCAACAAGAAGGAUGAUGCUGCUCCUCCAACAAUGAGCAAUGCGAACUCAUCAUUGACCGAAGCUUCUAGUGACAUGAUUCCAAAAACAUCUGACACUGCAGUACCAGCAGCUGCUUUGAGUAGUGACAACGAUACUUUAAAGGUUGUCACAACAGACAUCUCUUUAGAUCCACAACAAGAUGCGAUCAUGGCCGAAGCAAGUUCUGUUCCCGCCUUUGAUGUUACCACUCAUUUGGCGAGUGCUUCAUUUGAAGAUAAGACUCAGUCAUCUUCACAGCCUGCCACCACCUCAUCAAAGAAGAAAAAGGAACCCAAGAAAGAUCAAGCCAAUGGAAAUACCAAGAAGAUCUUUAAACGUGCUCCUCGGUUAGUGAAACCAGAACAAACUGUUGAAGAUUCUUCAGUCAUGACUGAUGAAAAGCCUGCGCUUGAAAAGACAAAGAAUGAAGCAAAGAAGAGAAAGAAGGACGAAACCAACCAGAAGGAAAAGAAAGAAUCAAAGAAGAAGAAAAACAAGUCAAACGAAGAAGAAUCCAAGAGAGAAACAAAAAAGAGAAAGAAGGAAAAGAAGGAAAAGAACCCAACAGAAAGCUCUUCAGCUGCCACCACAAGCACCACUUGUGCCGAUCUCGAAAUCAUCACUCCUACAACGCAAGACAAUCAUUCCUCACUUGUGGAUCAUCCUAAUGUAUGCAUGGCUACAGCAACAACAACCUCAGAACAGUUGGAACAUCAUCGACCAGAGGAGAAUAAGGAAAAUAUUCUUCCCUCUGAGAAGAACUCUCAUUCAGCAGCUGCAUCCACACUCUCAUCCUCUUCUGAAACGACUACUUUAAAGAAGAAGAAAUUGAACAGUAUCACCAAUUACUUUAAACCAAAGCCACAACCAACCAACGUUUGA